UCCAUGUACGGCACCGUCUGCAUGGAGAGAAAAUACACGAGAGAGACGAACGAGACAGCGCACAAACUUGGUUUCCGUUAUUCGAACCAGUGAAUAAUUUCCUUCCAGGAUCUGUAUUCUAAAAUUCCCGAUAUAUGGCCUCUAUCGGUUGCGCACUAUUACACUAAACAUAUGUAUUUCAUUUUAUUUUGAGCCAUAAACUAGGUCGAAUUUCUCCCCGCUCGAUACAAUUUUACAACUUUAUCAAAGGGGAGUGAUUUUAUUUUAAAGUGCGUGUCACGCAUACAUGUCGCUGAAACGUCAAGACAUGUAGGCUACAGUAUAGGCUACAAAUGUUACUGACAGCUAUUAUGAACAUGCUGUAGCGAAACUUUGAAACUACGUCUGGCAGUUUGUCAGGUGGCAGCUUUCCUGCAGUACGUGACGAUGCGCUCAUUCACUCAAGACGAACUCUGAAGAAGGAUACAGGAAAAAUUGUCUCCGCUGAAAGUGGCGGGAUUUUUGUUUUCAUGAAUUCAUUGAAUCCGGUUUAUUUUCCUGAACACUAUCCUGGAAUUCGGACUAAGCUUGCUUGAUUUGUUUAAGAACACCGCAAGUGGCGUAUUUAAAACCGGAUGACACUCGAAAUGAUAUUCCUUUCUUGCAUCACGCUGAUUGCUUCCAAUAUCCUUCUCCGCUGUUCACCUGUUCAGAGUUCUCCAUAUGCAAUUGGAGUCCACAGCACUGAAGUGGUGCGGUUCCCUGAGGUGUGGGGGCGGAGCUUCUGCCGCACCAUGGAGAAGCUAGUGGAGGUGGUGCAGGAGUACCCCGGCGAGGUAGAGCACGUCUUCAGCCCGGCCUGCGUUUUGCUGUGGCGUUGUGCUGGUUGCUGUGGCGACGAGAACCUGGAGUGCCACCCUACCCAUACCAGUAACCUCACUGCUCAGCUGUUGAAAAUCAAGCCGGGGGAUGUAGAAAAAGAGUAUGUUGAGAUGACAUUUAUGGAGCAUCAGACAUGUGAAUGUAGACCGCGAAGCACUUUGAAAAAUGAAAGGCAGAGACCGAGAAAGAGGGGGCGGAAGAGGAAAGACCGGCAGAACGCAAAAGAAUGCGACACGUGUCUUCCUCCACGUAGACGGAGGUAGCUGUACCUCUGCCCCUGCCCUUGCCCCCCCCCCCCCCCCUUCUGCCCGUUUGCUCUCUGCCCAUGGCUGACUGCGUGGACUGUCUUGAGGAGCUGGCUGAAUCUAGGAUUGGACAGGGUUUCUACAGUGAUGAGCUGAUUGGCGAUGAUCCUGCAGGGAGGCCAGAGGGUCUCCAGGGUGGGGGGCGUUCACCAAUGAGAGAUCAUUUUAAUGUCAUCCUGACCUCAUAAUGUGUUCCUGAGGAGGACUGCAAAAAGUAUCGACUAUGAUCGAGGGUCCACAUAGAGACUAAUCACUGUGGAAGACUACGAUCUGUGUUUUGGGGUGUUUGUUCAUUGAAUUAUUAUUGAUUACCACCAUAAUUGUGUAUGUCUAAAAAACUAUUUAUUAUCCAAAUAUUAUGCAAUCAAGGUCUGUAAAAUAAAUGUGUGCUAGGUGUUGUCUGUCUGCUUUUCCUUGGACUGAUAUGUUACCCCUCACAAAGGGGCUUGCAUGUGCCUAACAAGACAAGGACAUUCACUGUGAUAUAUUGACACCACUGAUUUUCCUGUGAAGAUGUUGAAUGACAAAAAGAGAUUUUCUUUGAAUGGACAAACGUGACUGUUCCUGUGUACAGUCUAAAACAGCUGAAUAUUCCUAUGUAACAUGCACAAGUGUUGAAUACAGAACAUUAUGUCCUAUUGUAGCACAUUGAUUUUCAAGUGAGGGAAAAAAACAAACAAAAAUGGACACAAUUAGCAUACUUUUUGCAAGAAAUUGUGGUGUGCUUUUAUACAACCAGUUACACAGGCUCAAGAUAUCAGCUAGACUCCUGAGUGGCUCAGCAGGUAAAUUUAAUGAGUAAACGGUUGAAGUGCAAACUGUCAGCUUUAAUUUGAGGGUAUUCGCAUUCAUAUUGGGUAAACUGCGUAGGAAUUAACAGACCUUUAUAUACAUAGUCCCCCCCCCCCCCAAUUUUAGGGGAGCAAAGGUAAUUGGACAAAUUAAAAAAUAUUCUGAUUUAAAGUUGUCAUAUCAAGUGCUUGGUUGCAAAUCCUUUGCAUUUGACGACUGUCUGAUGUAUGUGACCUAUAGACAUCACCGGGCACUGGCAUCUUCCCUGGUGAUGCACUGCCAGACUUGCUCUGCAGAUAUCAGAUCCUAUCUGUUCCUGGGACUUUUUGCCUUCAGUCUUGUCUUCAGCAAGGCAAACCCAUGUUCAGCUGGAUUUAGGAUGGGUGAUUGACUUAGGAAAGAAAAUGUCACUUUUUGGCCCUGAAAAACAGCUUGGGUGCUUCAGCAAUAUGCUUGGAGUGAUGCAAGGUGAAGCAUCAUCAAAUGAUUUUUGAGACAUUUUGUUAGAUGCCUCCUGCCUGUGCAAGCUAUCAUGUAGUAAACCACAUAUCUAGUAGAGUAUUAAACAAGUACUUGCUCAUAGGCAAGUGUACCAAAGAAAUGUAUGUGCUUCAGCUGUAAUGCUGCCUGUACAGGGGGUGGCAUAGCAGGGACAUGAGAGUGUAGUGUAUUUGCCAAUUCCAAAAUAAAGCGUCAAAAUAAAAUCAUAAGUAAACAAGUGCAGUGCAGUGGGAUAGAUCACGCUGCAGUUUUACUGAUGCAAACACAGUAGGUUGUCACCAUCUACUGGUGCUUUUGCUGCAUGUCAUGAUAUUUGGUUUUCUCAUUUCCAUCAUCAGAGUAAUUAACCAAGAUACUGUGAAAUGCAAGACAAGAUGCCGUAUUGCACAUGAAUAAAUUUGUAGUAAUUCAAUAUGUCCUCAGCAUUAAGAAACAGAUUUUUUUUAUGUAAUGAAAUUAUUUAAAGAUGUAUUGUGACAUGGUUUUCUUGUUGUUGUGUAGAAGCUAUGUCUUGGAUGCUACCAUGAAACCUGUGAAGGUGACACUGCUAAACCACAGAGGACUCAGAGAGAAAAUCUGCAGUUCAGCAGCUUCAAUGAAAGGCUGUUGCUGAUGCCUUUUCCGGUUUCCAUUACUUAAGUUUUGCGGAUCUGGUUACUUAAGAACUCUAACUUGCAGCUGCAGUGCCAGUCAGAUUGCUGACACACAAGGAAAAACAUACAGAGCAAGGGUGUUUCAGAACAGUUUUCCACUAGACUGCCUGUUCACUGCACAAUAUUACUUUGGGGGUUGGGCUUUGAAAUUAGAGUUGUCAGGAAAUAUUAAUGUAGUAUCACAUGCUUAGCAGGGGAAAUGUCCAAUAGAAGUAUCAAUCAAUAAUGAACCAUUCUAAGGCAGGAAAAGAAAUCAAUAAACUUCAUCAAGAUCUUGAGGAGGCAUUUGUUCAACAACUGUGUUUUCUGUUGCCCUCUAGUGGCAUAAUGCUGUUGUUGCAUGAGUUGCAAUGUCCUGAAUCCAUCAGUUAGAAACCAAAACUAUUUGACAGGUUAAAUAUAAAAAGUUAGUGUUCU